AUGGACACCACAACAACCAUUGACCCCGCUCUCCUGAGCCUCGAGGAAAUGCUCUAUUAUGAUGACGAUGCUUUGGAAGGUGAAGAUGAAGAUGCUUGGUGGGAGUUCCCCAAUAAUGACGAUUAUCUGAUUGGUGAGUCUGAGAUGGGUUCGUAUGAGGGUACUCAUGAGGUACCGUCAUCGAACAGGCCAGAUGAAGAUAUUUUUCAAAUGGGCAAUUUCCAUGCGCACCAUGGCAGCAGCUUCCAGGCUGUGAGUUAUGACGCUCAUGCUCAAACAGAACAAAGCGUAAAUUCCGACAUAAUGGGAAGGUCGGAUGAGGACUUUCUUCAAAUGGGUGAUUUCUAUGCGCACCACGGCAGCAGCUCUCAGGACGUGAAUCAUGACGGUUACGACCAAACUGAACAGAGCAGAAAUCCUGAUAUAUUGGAAAGCCGUCCUGAUGGCCAUCUUUAUUGCCCGCAGCGGAGUUGCCAACUAACUUUCCCCAACGACAAGGACUUUUUCAAUGCCCAUUUCCCAAAUGCCAAGUUGUCUACCGGCGAAGGCAUUAUUUUGAUGUACACGUCCGGAACACGCAUAACAUUGACCCAGCGGUUUAUGAGAGGCCUUUUCCACCUUGGAGGUGUGACAAGAAAGACUGCUUGA